AUUUUAACUUCAACUUCACAAAAAACCAAAAUCUGAGCGAAAAACAAAAGGAAAAAUAGAAAGAGAAAAUGAAAAGUCAUUCAUUUUUCUCCUUCACAUAGUUUCCAUUUUCCCGGCGAUAACGACCUCUCGUCGGAAAAUGAAUAUUCCGGCGACAUAUUCCUUUCUUCACAAAUGUAAUGCUCGUGUUUCUGUUCAUUAUAGUCACGUUUUCCAUGAAAAAGCCUUGACCUAAAGAUACACUCAUUCUUUUCUUUUCCUCAACUCCGAAUCCAAAUUUCGGCCAAUUUUUCCUUUUUUAUUUAAAGUAAAAGUAUGUAUGACUGCUUUGAUUGAUUCGAUGAGGUUAUCUUUGAUAUUUGUGACGGUGAUGAUAUGAUCGGAUGAUGUCCAAUUGUGUAAAACUGUAAACUUUGGUGCAAUUUUUGGUAAAGGAAGAGGAGUAGGUGAAUAUUAUGAUGAAGCAUUGAUUUUAGGUGAAAUUUGAUUUUAAUUUUUCUUGUAUUAUUGAGCUUUUCCUUUUUCUUCGUCUAUUUGUGCGAUAAAGUGAAGUUGUUUGUAAGGAUUUUGGGCUGGUUUCUAGUUGAGUGGUUUCAGAUGCUGAAUUUUGAUUUUUGAUUUUGACAUCAUCACGUAAAGCGAGUAGGUUUUUAAAAGCUCUGAAACUUGAGCAGAACUAACACAGAGAGUAUAAUUAGGCUGUACGCAGAGAGAGAUAGAGAGAGAAAGUGUACGAUUAACAGAGGAUGCCUCCGAUGAAAAUUCAGCCGAUCGAUUCUCCGACAUACAGAGAAUCGAUCCAAAACGAUACAGCAAAGCCUGUGGUGAAAUCGCGACUCAAAAGGUUCUUCGAUCGACCGUUCCCUAGCGUCUUACGGAUUUCGUCGGCAGCAGAGAAGCCGAAUGCCGCCGGCGCCGGAAAUGAAUUGCCUUAUGGGAAAGAUGGAGGAGCAGUUAAUGAGUUCGAGCCGAGCUCAGUUUGUUUAGCUAAGAUGGUUGUGAAUUUCAUCGAGGAGAACAAUGAAAAGCCAUCGGCUGCUAAAUGUGGACGGAAUCGUUGCAAUUGUUUCAACGGCAACACCAAUGAUAGCUCCGAUGAUGAGUUUGACGGUUUCGCUGACUCAGUUACAAACUCCUCUUUUGGUGAUUCUUCUGAUACUCUCAAGAGCUUAAUUCCGUGUGCAAGUGUUGUUGAAAGAAAUCUGUUAGCUGAUACCUCCAAUAUUGUCGAGAAAAACAAAGCUUGUAAGCGUAAAGACGAUUUAAGAAAAAUUGUGACCGGUGAACUCUCGAAACUUGGCUACAAUGCUUCCAUCUGCAAAUCCAAAUGGGAAAAGACUUCUUCUAUACCUGCAGGUGAAUAUGAGUACAUUGAUGUGAUUGUGGAAGGAGAAAGAGUGUUGAUUGAUGUAGAUUUCCGAUCGGAGUUUGAGAUUGCCCGAUCGACGGGGAGUUACAAGGCGGUUCUUCAAUCGCUGCCGUUCAUCUUCGUCGGAAAUUCCGAUCGGCUUCUGCAAAUAGUAUCGAUCGUCUCGGAAGCGGCUCGUUUGAGUUUGAAGAAGAAAGGCAUGCACAUCGCUCCCUGGCGUAAAGCCGAGUACAUAAAAUCCAAAUGGCUUAGCCCUCACACUCGAACAAAUGAUACAGCCGAGAAAACAGCAACCGGCACCGACGCCGUAGCCGAAGCACAAGCCGGAGACCAGAGUGAGGUCAAGGAGAAGGAGGAGUUAGCUGAAGCUGCUGAGAGUAAAGAAAUAUCUGAUUCUGAAUUUGGAGAAUUGGAGCUGAUUUUUGGUGAGAAAUCGCUGUCGUCCGCGUCUUUCGAGUCCAAUAGCAACGAGACCAAAUCGUCAACGUUGCUAACAUCGCCGCCGCCGGUGAAUUUUUCCGGCAGCGAGGAAGAGAAGCCUGUACUGCCGGUAUUGAUGACGUGGCAACCUCCGGCAUUGAAGCCCAAGAGUUGCGACAGAGGAAACAAGAUCGUCGUCACCGGAUUGGCUUCCCUUCUCAGGGAAAAACCCUAAAACAAAGUUUUGUUUACUUUUUUCUGAAAAUUUUCUAACUUUUUUCAAAAAAUUUCUAGUACGUACAAAUUAUAAAUAUAUAAAAAUAUAUAGAACGAUCGGCGUUUCAGAUUUUCUGAUCCGAAACCCUUUUUUUCAAUUUUUCCGUUCUCCGUUAUAAUUCCUUUUUUUUGUUUUUUUGCAAGGCCUGUAAUAAGAAUCUAGCUAUCCUUCUUGUAAUAAUUUUCCAAAGCAUUAAAAAUUGCAAAAAAGAGAGAACAAAUCAUUAUGCAUAUAUUGCCAUU